GUUCUAUAUUAGACGGAGCCGAAUCUUAGAGUUUGAUAUUAUAUGAUAUGAGCGUAAUUCCAAACAAGGGCGAAGAAAUGUCAAGAUAAAUUCGGCAUUAAGUGGUUAAUCCAAUCUUUUCCUUCAUGUCUUUACUCGGGUGUCUGCAUCCACGACAUUGGGCGUGGCGUAGGGCGCGUUUGACAAGCGGGGGUUCAUAUAUCUUUUUCUAUAUAUGACCUUUUAAAGAGCUUAAGUUUGGAAGGAGGAUGUAAUAGUCAAAUCGUAUUUAAGGGAAACUCUGCUUUAAAUAAAAUCCAUCUUAAGGUAUCCGUGCUUGAACAAGAUGUCUGAAUCUGUAUCUAUCGAUGAUUUCUCGAAGCCAACGUCUAUCACGGGUGGUUGCCUCUGUGGCUCCAUAAGAUACCGUGUCGACUUCUCGAAGGACCACGAUUUCUUAAAAGGGAGCGGAAGCUGUCAAUGUACGCAAUGCCGACGGAACACGGGCGCUCUGAUCUUCAUCGCGCAUACCGCUCCGCUUAGCGGUUUUACGUUUCUAACAUCCACCGAGACGUUGAAGAAAUUCUAUGCGACGCCGGGUAUCCAGCGCGCCUUCUGCACAAACUGCGGCAGCUUUCUAUACUGGCGGGAUGAGUCGCGCGAAGACGUCGAGAUUGCGGUAGGGUGCGUGGAUCCCGAGUAUCUAUCCGAGUUUGGAUUCGCGCUUGCGAACUCUUCAGGGCACAACGUGUGGUGUCAGAACGAGAUCAAGGGCGUGACCGAUCAUAUUCUCAAUAAGGGCAGAGGAAUUAAAUGGUCUAAAAAUAGCGGGAGCGUUAAGCUGUGAGCGACUAUGAUAGAUGAGUUUUCUUUAUGUAGUGUAGUACGAUAGAGAAAGUCGUUUGCUUCUAUGUUAACGACACCACCAAAUUCAUAGUUACAUGAUUCUCAAA